UGAAUCAGGCACUUACAGAUAGAGUAGCGUGGUGAAGUGUCCCAUAGCCUGCCUGUCUCUCUGCUUGCUAUUCAGGGGCUGUGUCCCCCUCGCUCUCUUCAGCCGGAGCCUGUGCCAGUGCCGUCCCAGACCAGAUACUGCAGUCUCUCCACAACUCUGCUUACUCCAGCCCCUGACCUUCACAGCAGACAUGCAAGCCUGCAUAACCAGGUCGUACCUCACACCUGCGCGCGAUGAGGAGGCGGAGUCUCAGAGGAAGGCGCGGUCGAGACAGGCGCGGCAAACACGGAGGUCAACACAGGGGGUGACUCUGGCAGACCUCCGAGAGGCUGAGAAGACGUUUGGCUACCCCCGAGUGGAGAGGAGAGGGGCAGAGCAAGACAGGCAGGAGGAGGAGAAGAAGGUCCCAAAAUCCCUGCUGCUGCCUCCAAGGGAUCCAGGAGAGCACAGCCCCCAGUGGACCAGGGGUCAGGAGGAGUUUGGUUACUGGCGACCACGAUUUGGGUCCCAGGCAGAGAGUCCGACCACGCCCCUGGCAUCACCCUCUGCGAGUGGCUGCUUUCUCUUCCCUGGCACAGCGCUGACCAAUAGGCUUGCAGGAGGUGGCUCCGCCUCCCAGUCAUCAUCCAGAGGGCUGGGUAGGGAGGUGGAAAGGAGUGGAUCUGACAAGAGAGUAGAAGAGGAGAAUGGUUUAAAUGACCAGUCAGAGCUCCAGCAAUCCCUGCAAGAGAGGCGGCAAUCCAGAGACCACAGCCAAGAAACUGGUGUCUCCUGUGGGAGACAAGAGGAAGGCAGUGCUAAUAAAAAGGGAGAAAAAGAAGCAGAGCAUGAUAGAACAUCUAGGUCAGACUCCUCUGGCACUGGCGACAGCGUCACAGACCGUCUCCUGAGCCGCACCAGCUCCUAUACCCGCCGCGAGAACCGACUGGCAUCCCUGGGCAAAGCUGAGGAAGAGGGCAGUGCCAAGGACUUCAAGAAGAUGUACGAAGAUGCCUUGACAGAAAACGUGAAGCUGAAAUCCAAACUGGAAGAAAGCAAAGAGGAGCUGGGCAGGAUCAGGUCCCAGCUGGACAAAGUAGCACAGAAACAGAACAAAAUAUCUGAAAAGUCCACUGUGCUUGAGACAGAGAAAAAGGAAAAGCGUGUGCUGGAGAGGAAGGUCUCUCAGAUGGAAGAAGAAUUGAAGGUUUUAAAUGACUUCAAGUCUGACAACCAGAGGCUCAAAGACGAGAACGGAGCCUUGAUCCGCGUCAUAAGUAAGCUGUCAAAGUGAUGUGAUCCGGCAGCACUGAAGGAACACCACAGCACACCUCCCCACUGUGUCUUCAGACAGGCGCACCUGCUGGCACACUGCAGUACUGCACACAUCAUAUUCCUGUACGCAAGCCACGCCCUCACUGCUACACAGAGCUUGGAUUGGACAGAUCUUCAUGGGGUUUGCCAGGGCCAGCGGCUUGGCUAACCAGAACUGCUGCAUGAUUCGACGCUAUCAGUGAGGCAUCAAAGUGGGGUAAAGCCUAGAGCCUUGACCCUCUUCAAACGGCUGAAGGAAACUAGUUUGAUUCUAGUAGAGCCUUCCUGAGCUUUCUUCACAGAUACUGUGGUUCAUCAUGGCAAUUCUGGAGUCAAUUUAUUGCUGUUGUGCUGUAUAUCAUGGUACUUUAUCAAACAAGUGGGUUCCAGAUAUUCUAUGCUUUGUAUGAAAACUAUGCAUAUUUUUAUAGGGUUAAGUCUAUAUAAGUGAUCUACUGUCUCUUGCAUGCAUGUGCUGAAUUUGGACCAUAUAGGUAAUUUUCUAUGCAGACCAACCUCCUAUCGCUACAGAUUCCAAAUUCUACUGAUCUUUCUGCGAGCUGGACUACUGUUCAGAGGACACUGGUUUAACCACUGGGACCCCAGUUCACUGAUUGUAGGCAUCGCAGGACUUUGGUGUCAAACCCUAAUUUCCAAAUGCUCAUGUUUGUCUAUGUGAUAAAUAAUGGCCAUCACUAUUCGAACAUGCUUGGAUAAGCGACCUGCCUUGUUUGUUUGUCAUGCACAGUCACACAUAUGGCAUUGUUUUGAGUCAAUUACUUUUGCAAAUACUGUUGAGCAAGCUGUUAUAAGAUUUUUUUUGUCGGAUAUAUUUGUUAAAUAUAAGUACAUUUUAAGGUGAAUUUGCAUUGAACCCUUGUAAGUUAUUGGAUUAUAUGCCUAAAAAAAUGA